GAGGAAGAGAGUUUAGGGGGUGGGGUUGUAGUUGUAAUGUUCAGAUUAUUCUGGUGUUUAUCAGUGUUUGGGCGCUCCAUUUACUAAUAUGGAGGCUGUUCCGCGGAUGCCUAUGAUUUGGCUUGAUCUAAAAGAAGCUGGGGAUUUCCAUUUUGCAUCGGCUGUCAGACAGUUCAUUUUAAAGCAGUAUGGAGAAAAUCCUGACAACUACAAUGAGGAAUUGAAGAAAUUAGAACAACUACGACAGAGUGCAGUUACAGUGGCUAGAGAUUUUGAAGGAUGCAGCACACUGCGCAAAUACUUUGGGCAGCUUCAUUAUCUUCAGAGUCGUGUUCCCAUGGGAUCUGAACAGGAGGCAUGUGUUCCUGUCACAUGGACAGAGAUCUUUUCUGGAAAGACGGUUACUCAUAAUGACAUCAGCUAUGAACAGGCUUGCAUUCUUUAUAAUCUGGGUGCAUUACAUUCCAUGCUAGGCGCCAUGGACAACAGAGUGUCUGAAGAGGGAAUGAAAGUGUCCUGCACCCAUUUUCAGUGCUCUGCUGGUGCCUUCGCCUACCUACAGGACCACUUUGUUCACUCGUACAGUGUUGAUAUGAGUCACCAGAUCCUGAAUCUUAACAUCAACCUCAUGUUGGGUCAGGCACAGGAGUGUUUGCUAGAAAAGUCCAUGUUGGACAACAGGAAGAGUUUUCUUGUAGCCAGGAUCAGUGCCCAGGUUGUCGACUAUUACAAGGAAGCUUGUCGUGCCUUGGAGAAUUCCGAAACUGCAUCACUGCUAGGAAAGAUUCAGAAGGACUGGAAAAAGCUUGUUCAGAUGAAAAUCUACUACUUUGCAGCUAUAGCUCAUUUUCAUAUGGGAAAGCAAGCAGAAGAACAGCAAAAGUUUGGUGAAAGACUAGCAUAUCUGCAGAGUUCUCUGGACAAGCUAAAUGAGGCUGUUAAACUUGCAAAGGGACAGUCAGAAAAUGUACAGGAAGCCCUUCGGUUUACCAUGGAUGUCAUAGGAGGAAAGUUCAACUCGGCUAAGAAGGACAAUGACUUUAUCUACCAUGAGCCUGUGCCUGCUCUUGAAUCCCUGACAUCUGUGAAAGGAGCUCCUCUUGUUAAGGCCCUGCCAGUAAAUCCUACUGAUCCUAGUGUGACAGGCCCGGACAUCUUUGCAAAGUUGGUUCCAAUGGCAGCACAUGAAGCAUCUUCACUGUACAGUGAAGAAAAGGCCAAGCUGCUAAGGGAUGCGAUGUCAAAGAUUGAUGGCAAGAAUGAGAUCCUUGAACAGUUCAUUGAUUCACUGCAAGUAGAUGCAGAAACUGUGGACAACUUGGAUUUGUAUUCCCACAUUCCCACUGUCCUAAUGGAAAAGUGUGCAGCAUUGAGUGUCCGACCUGAUACAGUGAGGAAUUUGAUCCAGUCUAUGCAGGUUCUCUCUGGAGUUGUCACAGAUGUUGAAGUCUCUCUCAAGGAGAUAAAGGAUUUGUUUGAUAAAGAUGAGAAGCUGGAGCAAAAGCUGCAGGAAAUUGUUGGUCAGCAGGGGCAGCAAGUAGAGACCCCAGGACUCUCUGAAGUGAAGAAAGAGUGGGAAAAGUAUAUGGGAGUGCAUGAAAAGGCCAGCUUCACGAACACAGAGUUGCACAAAGCCAUGAACCUUCAUAUAGGCAAUCUGAGGUUGUUGAGUGGGCCCUUGGAGCAGCUGCGUGCUGCAUUGCCCUCUCCAUCUGUGACUGAAGAUGAUAAAGCAAUUCUGCAGAACAUGAAAAAGAUGCUUUCCAAAGUACAAGAGAUGCGUGAGCAAAGGAUGUCUCUGGAAAAGCAGCUGCGAGACAUGAUCCAGAAAGAUGACAUUACCACUGCUCUAGUAACAGCUGACAGGUCAGAAAUGAAGAAGCUAUUUCAAGAACAGUUGAAGAAGUAUGACCAGGUCAAAGUUUACAUUGAGCAGAAUCUGGCAGCCCAGGAGAAUAUCUUGAAAGCACUGACUGAAGCCAAUGUGAAAUAUGCAGCAGUGAGAAAGCUUUUAACAGAGUCUGAACACAAGUGGAACACUACUGUUCAGACAUUGGUAGCUUCUUUUGAAGCUUAUGAGGAUCUGAUGAAGAAAUCUCAGGAAGGGAAAGAGUUCUAUGCAGAUCUAGAAAGCAAAGUAAGCUGUCUACUGGAGAAAGCCAAAUCUGUUUGUCAAGCCAGAGAGGAGGAGAGGCAGCAAAUCUUGGAAAGAGAGAUGAAGAAGAGGCCUCCACCUAGACCAACAGCUCCUAAGCCACCAUUACAGAAAAAAGCUUCUGAAGUAGACUUGGAGCCCGCCAACUUGGAUGAACUUGAUAUGCAUCAAUUCAGUGCUCUUGCACUUAGUGACUUUCCUGAAGAACUGAGAAGUCUACCACCAGGUGCCCUAGCACAGUUAAGUAGGCUACCUAUGGAGAAUGUUAGACCAUUUCCAGUUGAUCCACGCAUGUCCUUUCCAGGAGGACUACCCCAUGUUUCUGAAACAUUUGCAGGAGCAAGGAUAAUGGGGCCUGCACAGUAUCUCCCAAGUCAAAAUCAGCCUGUACCAUCUUUUAGUUCAUCCCAUUUUAAUGGUCCUGUUUCUUUACCUGGACAUGUUCCUUCUUUUGCAGCUAGUGGAAUGUCUUCAUCAUCUGGAGUCCCAGGUGUUUCUCAUCAGGUCCCCUUUCCAGUUAUAAGCCAUGGUGGUCCUUUAAACGUGAGUGGUGCACCUAGUAUACCUUUACAGAUGAUGCAACCAUCAGCUUCCCAACCAGGAAUAUCACCCCAGAACUCUGGUCAAAUGCCAACAUCUGGUGCUCAAGUAUAUGCUGGCAUUGGUUUAAUAAGAGGGCCAGCUUCAAAUGCUGGCCAGAUUCCUUUGCAGCCUGGAUUUUCAGGUGUCUCUUUGGCUCCACAGAAGACAUCACCACAUCACAUACCAGCAUCUGUUUCUUCUGCUCCUUCAGCUUCACUUCCGUUUAGUACUUGUGAUCAAGAUAUGUCAUAUAGAACUGGUCAUCCGAUCCCUUCAUCUGGAACACUGCCAGGGAUACCACCGGGGGUCUCCACUGUCAGACCGGUAGCUGUAUGUCUACCUGGAUCAGCCCACUUAAGUGGUGUAAUGCAUGGUAGUUCAGAAGUUUUACAGCAUCCACAAAGUGCAAGACCAUCAACUACAACAGUUGACAGUAUACAGGGUCCCAUAUCAAGCUAUACCCCUACUUCUCAUGCAAUGGGAGGACCUGUAAGACCAAUGCUAAAUCAACAGCCAGGACCACUUCCUCAACAGAGUGGAUAUGGAUUGCCAGCAGGGCCACAUAUGGGACAAGCAAGUCAUUAUACAUAUCCACAGAGUGGAGUUCAGCAGUUUGGCCCACAGUCCCUGCCACAGUUCCCCACUGCAGGACCUCCCACACAGAUGUUUCAGCAAGCACCUCAACUUCAUCCUGUAGUAGACAUUCAUAUGAGACCAGUUCGGCCUCAACAGCAAUACCCACAACAACCUCCAUUUACUCCUCAGUCAAGGCCACAAAUGCAGCAUCAUUCUCAACCUCAACUACAGCAUUCAGCUUCCUUUCAGCCCCAAAUAAAAUCUCAGAUUCCACAACAGGUAGUGCCUCACAUGCAAACUCCUUUUACUGGACACCCUGUUCAACCUCAGCUACUACCACAGACCCCAUGUCAGCCACAAAUUCAAACUCAGAUAAGGCCACAUCUUUAUCAGCAUUCAGCACAGGAGAAGUUGCCUCAACAAGGACUUCCCGCUCAGCCUGGUAUACUUAGUUUUCCUAGUUCUGUUACUAGCAGUAGUUCCCAGCCAGGCCAUAAUAUUCCUCAUACAAUAAUUGCAUCAACUCAGCAGGUUCAUAUGCAUCCUCCAUCUGCUGGACUUCCACCUGCUCCACCAGGAUCAGCAGGUCAAACAGUUUCUUCAGUGCCUUUUGGUCCUGGAUCAUCUGCCAUACAUCCAGGGACCCAGCCAGCUUUACUUAACCAAAUACUACCUGGACAGCAGGUGGCAUUGGGAGCACUUCCAAGCACGGCAACUGGUCAGCCAGCUCCUGUCCAUGCUCCACCUCCUUCUAGUCCAGCAUUGAGCCAGAUGCAAGCCAGUGUUAUAGGAUCUGGACCAAGUAUGCCUUCACCUUCUCCUUCUCCACAGCCACCUAUGGUCCUGCCCUCUCCAGCACUGAUGCAGUCCUCAGGGACUGCUCCUACAUCAUUGCCGCAAAGACCUCCAUCAUCAUUAACUCCUGUUGCUGGGUCUAUAAAUCAGACUUCUACUGAUGCCACAUUUUCCCGAUCAAAUUCUUCUACAGAUGAUCUUUUGUCUUCAAGUCCUGAAAGUCAGCAUGGAGGAUCAAAAACAUCUGUUAGUCAACCUCUUUUACAACCCACAAAAGCUGAUGCUAAAGAUGGACAAAAACCGAAAAUGAUCCAGCUUAUUGAAAAUGACCCUUAUGAGAAGCCUGAGCACAUAACAAAGCUACUCUCUGAAUUAGUCAGAUUCAGAGGUGUUGUAGAGGCUCUAGAUAAGCCAGUAUCUGGAACUUUAACUGAACUGGACUGCAAAUGGAAGGAACUUCAAGAUUCUCAGGAGAAGGAUGCUAGACAGUUGUCAAUUGCCAUUGCUCGCUGCUACACUAUGAAGAAUCGUCACCAGGAUAUCAUGCCAUAUGAUAAAAACAGAAUAGUCCUUCAGUCUGGAAAGGAUGAUUAUAUCAAUGCCAGUAAAAUUGAGGACCUGUCUUCAUACUGUCCUACAGUGAUUGUAACUCAAGCCCCACUGAGUGGAACUGCUUCGGAUUUCUGGUUGAUGGUUUAUGAGCAGAAAGUAUCUCUGAUAGUUAUGCUGGUCUCUGAGCAAGAGCUGGAAAAGCAAAAGGUUGUCCGGUAUUUUCCAACAGAACGUGGCCAGCAGAUGGUCCAGGGAGUCAUCACACUAACCCUGACCAGUCAGAGGGUGACUGAGACUCACAUUGAAAGAAUGAUUGCACUGCAGUUCCAUGACCAGAGUUUGAAGAGGACAGUCAUCCACCUACAGUUUACUUCCUGGCCUGAGCUGGGUUUACCAGACAGUAAGAGUAGAUUGCUGCGAUUUAUCCAAGAGGUGCAUGAACAUUAUCGGCAUCAGAGGCCUCUACACACACCUGUUGUUGUUCAUUGCAGUUCAGGGGUAGGGCGGACCGGUGUCUUCUGUUUGAUGUAUGCAGCCAUGCAAGAGGUAGAGGCUGGAAAUGCAGUGCCUGACUUGACUGUAUUGGUGAGGAAGAUGAGGCAGCAGAGGAAGCAUAUGUUACAAGAAAAGCUACACCUGAAGUACAGUUAUGAAGCCAUACUGAAGCAUGUGGAACAGGUCCUCCAACGGCAUGGUGUCAGUGUUCCUUUUUCUACCAGACCAUCUAGUAGCACAGCUCAAAAGUCUUACAUGCACCAGGAUUCCCAAGAUAUCGUGUUAGGAGGUGACAUGCCCAUCAGUUCUAUCCAGGCUACUAUUGCAAAACUGAGUAUCAGACCUCCGAUGGGGGCCGAUGAAGUCCACCAGGAUAUGCCACCUGCUGACUAUGUUGAGCAAGAGCUUCAAGAAAUUUCAGCUUUUGCAGCCACUGAUUCUUCAUCUGUCCUUGCAGUAGAAGCCCCCCUGUUUGUGGAGCAACCCACCCUGCCAUCACCUAUAGCAUCUCCUCCUUUAGUUAAUUUUGGCACAGGAAGCACAGAAAACUGCAAUACAUUGUCACUAUUGGAAAACAAUGAUCAAAGCCUAAUUGAAGCCAGUGCUUCUCCACCUGCACCACUGGCUGACUGCCAAGCUGUCCCAGCAGGAGGUACAACCUCCUCUUCCUUAGAUCUUUUGGCAUCUAUGACACCAGAGGCUUUCACACUGGACAGCUCAAUGAAGGGCCGACAGAAGAUCAGCAAACAUAAUUUUUUGCAGCCACAAAAUGGACAAGGACUUCGAGGUUCCAAGUCAAUAGAUGAUCCACUCAGCAUGCUUGAUCCACUGUGGACUCUAAACAAAACCUGAGUCAAAUUGCAGCAGCAGGUCUAGAACUCAGUGGCUUGUGUCAAAUUGCAGCAAACAUUAAAAAAUGGCAAAGAAUUUCCUACCUUCCUCGUGGGAUGAAGAGUAGAUUAAAACACUAACCACCCAAUCUCUGUGAACCCAUGACAUGAAUAUAUAUUCAGCUAAUCCAUACAAGAUGCAUGGAGUUGUCAGUAGAAGAACUGAACGGAUAUUGGUUUUUAAGCAAGAAUGUAGUGGUGAUGGCUGUAAAGCUGCUAUAAGGAGACAGGACAAUGAAAUGCAGUGCUAUCCAAAGCAUCACUGGGCUUUGAACACCUUACUUCCUGCACUGAUUUGUAGGAGUUAUAUGUGCAUAAAUGUAUGUUCCUCCUAGUGUACCUGAAGCAUCCCAUGAGAUUGUCUGACUUUUUCCUUUAGGCUGUCUGAUGCAAAGUUAAAUGUCCACUUCAUAAUGCAUUUUUCAUGUAUAUCCACAUAUAUGUGUGCACUUUCCUACUAUCUCUGAUGUUAAGGUUACUGAUGAUAUUAAUGAGUUCUGAAUAUUCAUGUUUGUAGUCCUUGUUACCGUUUGCUUUGACCAUGCUACAGACAUCACUUGGUUGCUUCCUGCUUCAGGUAUUGGAAUGUUUAGUUUACAUUAGGGCCAUGCUGCCAGGUUGUUUAUACUAUAAUGCAGCACUGCUAUUACUGUAGUCCUUGGCCAGUAGCCUUGCUGUCUCAGAAAUUGCAGGGCAAGAAAUGGGGCCAUUCACUUGCCAUUCACAUUAUAAUUGACCUGUCUUCUUACCUUUGAAAAGCUUUCUGAGAAACUGAGGAGACAAAAGGCUUCUACACCUCUGAAGAUGUAAUCACUCCUGAGCAAUUGAUUAAAGCACGAUUGCUUGAAUACGA